AUGUUCUUUGUAAACAAAGGCAAAGAACUUACAUCCAAACCCAUUCAGCUGGCGAAGGAUGCGAUACAUCAUGCCUCAUUACCCUUGCAGAUGGUCGAGACUCCGGAGGAUGCGGAGGUCUACGUUUUUGGAGACGACGUUUGGGAAGCCCGCUAUGCCGUCCUUGACUCCCUUGGCUUACCUGACCCCCGGGCUCACGACUGCUACAGGUUCUCCACCAUCACCUCAGUUCUCAAACGUCGGCUCUCUGAAUUGGGCCCACCGGACGCUCCAGGAAUCCACCAUCUUGACGGAGACACUCCUGGACGAAAAGCACAGGACGGAGAGGGAGCUGCCCGUAGUCCGAUGAAGGCUGCCUGUAGUCCGAUGAAGGCUGCCUGUAGUCCGAUGAAGGCUCCCGGUAGUCCAGUGAAGACUCCCCGUUCGAAGUCUCCUGUGCCGACGGAGUGGACGCCAGGGAAGAGGAAGUGGUCCAGGGAGGACGAUGAUUCCCACAGUAUCAAAAGAUCGAAGGAAGACACCACCCCUCCAGUGGCACGGGCGCUGGCACGGACGCCGGCCAACGACACGUCGAGAGAUUUAUCCGAGUCUCCUGUGGCGAGAAAUGAGCUGCUGUUGACGACUCGACUUAGUAAGAUGAAGGUGUCACAUGAGAUUCCGAGCAGCGCGAUCCCGAGGCUGUCGCGCACCCAGGCUUCGACGCUAAGCGUGACGCCCAGCGUGAUGCCGCCCAACACGAGGCGUCGGCCUGAUGGUGCGUACGUUGAACACGGAGGUGGUUCCGUUCAUCGGGAGUUAGUGGACCGCGAGUCAGAUAGACAGUGCGUGUUGACGAUGUUAAGAGAGUUUACUGAGAUUUACCACAUUCAAGGGGAGCAGUUUCGUCGCAAGGCUUACGAGUCGGCCUUCCAAUUCAUAGACCUGAAUCCGAGUGUAGACCUGCGGCACGAUUCCAAGAUUGGGUUGGCGGUGAGGCGGAAGAUAGACGAGUUGUUGACGACGGGUAGGUGUCAGAAGUUGGAGUACCUGAAGAGAGACCCGAUGUUGAAAGGGAAAAGGGAACUAUUACAGGUGUUUGGCGUGGGCCUUGGAGGUGUGGAGAAGUUCCUAAGCAAGGGAAUUGUGUCUGUCCAGGAUUUACGCAAUGCCGUGGCCUCAGGUAAGGUAAUGCUGGACGCUCGGCAACAGGUAGGUCUAAGGCACUAUGACGACUUUGCGCUACGCAUCCCGCGGUGGGAAGUAGAAGCUAUUGGUCGUGUCGUGGAGUACACGGUCAUCACAUACUUGAACAUGCGCGCGGACGUCCAAAUCUGCGGGAGCUACCGGAGAGGCGCGAAAGAUUGCGGUGACGCUGAUAUUCUCAUUUUCUCACGUGAAACGGAAAGAUGCAGAGGUAUCUACGCACUUGUGGACGCCCUUAAAAAACUUGGCUUUGUACAUGAAACACUGCUCAUCUCCGUCAACCCCGACCUCAUCCAAACGUACAUGGGCGUCUGUAAGAUAGGUACCGAACUCUCCCCCGCACUUCAAGACCUACUUCUGCAAACCCUGCCAGACACCGGACGUGAAGACGACCCGGGACCUGUAGACGACCCGGGACGUGGAAACGACCCGGGACCUGGAGACGACCCGGAACGUGGACACGGCACGGGCAAGGUGAAGGACUUGCCUUUCCGGCGACUGGAUCUCAAGCUGUACCCCUACCAUAUGAAGCCGUUCGCCCUAAUUCAGUGGACAGGUGGCGAGUACUUCAACCGUGCACUGAAAAUCCGGGCAACUUCCCUCGGCUAUCGGCUCUCGGAGAAGGGACUGUUCCCCAUUGCAUCCAAGACCAAGGAGAAGCUUGGACCCAGUGUGGUGCUGAACUCCGAAAAAGAAGUCUUCGAGUUCCUCAAAGUUCCCUACAAGUGA